AUGACGGAAUACAAGCUGGCAGUGGAUUCCUCGAAGAAGGCCACGGAGCUGCCGCUCCUGAGGGUCUGCGGCACUGUGCAGCAAAAUCCGCACAUGCGUGCUUUCUGGGCCAGCACAAUCUCUUUCUUCCUUGCCUUCCUGGGCUGGUUCGCCUUGGCGCCUUUAGGCCUCGAGGUUGCGACCAGUAUGGGGACGUGUGAGAACCAGAUCUACCCUCCUACGGAGUUCCCAACGCGACCAGCCUACCUCAAGUUCAAGAACUUGAAGAGUGGGCUGAGCUAUUGCCAGUAUGGGGUUCUCAAAGAAGAUGGUCAGAUGAUCGACUGCAAGGACGUCCCGGCAGAUGCGGCAACUGCUGAGCAGAAGGAGAAGUACAGGCCCCAGGUGCUCACAAAGUGCGUGUGCACCCCGGGCACGGAGUGCAAAUCGGUGAUUGCGAAUGCGGGCGUAGCAUCGGUUGCCUCGACUAUCUUUGUGAGGAUAGCCUUGGGGACGCUGCUAGAGCGCUUCGGCCCAGUGAACGUUCAGUGCGGCUUAAUGUCCUUCGGCGCUUUUUGGGUGGCAAUGGCAGCCGCGAUUUCAGCUCCAUGGAACUACACGCUGAUUCGCUUCUUCAUCGGCUGUGCUGGUGCCACGUUCGUGACCAAUCAGUUCUGGUGCUCGCUGAUGUUUGCCCCCAACGUUGUCGGCACGGCCAAUGCCACUGCGGCCGGUUGGGGCAACCUGGGAGGCGGCGUGACCCAGAUCUUUAUGAUGUCAGUACUUUUCAAUCCUAUGGUCGCAUCCGGGAUGGAGCCAAAUGUCGCUUGGCGUGUCUCCAUGGUGGUGCCGGCGAUCAUGUUCGUGCUUUGUGCCAUUUGCAUGAAGCUCAUGUGCUGGGAUAUGCCAACGGCUCGCAAAUAUGAUCCGACCGUGACCGGCAAGACACAAAAGCCUUCAAUGUGGGACUAUGUCGAGGUGCUGCGUGACGUUCGCGUCGUGGUCAUGAUCUUCCAAUAUUCCGCAUGUUUCGGCACAGAACUCGCAAUGAACAAUCAGUUGGCUACGCAUUUUCGGACCUACUUCCAGAUGGAUGCAGGUGAUGCCAGCGCCCUGGCAGGUGCUUUCGGCCUCAUGAAUCUUUUCGCAAUUAGCAGCGAUAUUUGCUACAAGUACUUCGGCUUCCGCGGCCGCAUUUGGGCUCAGUUCCUGGCACUCUUUUUCGAAGCUAUCUUCCUAUUCAGCUUCGGAAACGUGGACAAUUCGCAGCCUUGGUAUGUGGCCUUGGCAGUCUUGGUUUGCUUCUCGCUCUUUGUGCAGAUGGCUGAGGGCACCUCCUAUGGCAUCGUGCCGUUCAUGAAUCGUAAGCAGCUAGCAGUGGUGUCCGCGCUUGUGGGUGCCGGCGGAAACCUCGGGGCAGUCAUUGCAGGCUUCUGCUUUUACAAGCCGAUCCAGGAUGCCUUGCUGCCUUUCCAGGUCCAUGCGGGCUAUGUUAUGUUUUGGGCUCUGCUGAGCCCAUGCUACUACUGGUCUGAGACCGGCGGGAUGUUCUGCGGGCCGGCACAAAGCUUCGAGAAGGGCAAGACCCACAGCAGCGAGUCCGAGUCGUACACAGAGUCCGAGGCCACCAGUGAAAACUGCAUGUGA